AGCGAUAACGUGCAUGUGGCAUAUGCGGCUAAAUACCAUAUGAUGGCAUCAGUAACAAACCAACAUUGUUCGUAUUCAGACGGCACAUUUUUACUCGGAUUGCUAAAUUAAACGAGUUUUUAAUUUUAAAACAGAUAAUGAGUGACGUAUAUAUUGUUUCAGCUGCCCGAACACCAAUCGGAAAUUUCAAUGGAACCCUAUCUAAAGUGCCAGCUUCGGAUCUUGGUGCAAUCGUUGUUAAAGAGGUGCUGAAUCGUGCCAAUACAAAUGCAGCUGAUGUUAAUGAAGUCAUACUUGGUCAAACCCUAACUGCAGCCGCUGGCCAAAAUCCUGCACGUCAAGCUUCAAUUAAAGCUGGCAUCCCACAAGAUGUGCCCGCAUUUGGCUGCAAUAUGCUUUGUGGCUCUGGUUUGAAAUCAGUAUACCUUGGCUUUCAAUCGAUUAAAUCAGGCGAAUCAAACGUUGUGGUUUGCGGUGGCCAAGAAAGUAUGACAUUGGCACCACAUGCCGUUCAAUUACGUGCUGGCGUUAAAUUGGGCUCAACAAAUCUUACCGAUACAAUGUUGAAUGAUGGCCUCACCGAUGCAUUUAGUGACAUUCACAUGGGAAUCACUGCCGAAAAUUGUAAUAAAAAGUUUGAAAAUACUCGUGAAGAACAAGACUCGUAUGCAGCACGUUCACAACAAUUGGCGGAAGCUGCACAGAAAAAUGGCUAUUUUGAUGCUGAAAUUGUACCUGUUCCAAUUCCAAGCCGAACUGGUGUUACAUUAUUCGAUAAAGAUGAAUUUCCGAAACAUGGAACAACAGCCGAAACACUAGCAAAACUAAGACCUUGUUUCGAUAAGAAUGGUUCGGUCACUGCUGGAAACGCAUCCGGACUGAAUGAUUCAGCAGCGGCUGUACUUUUGAUGUCACACGCCGAGGCACAAAAACGUGGUGCCACACCUUUGGCCCGCAUCGUCGCAUUUGGUCAAGCCGGAGUUGAUCCCAACUUUAUGGGAAUGGGCGCGAGCAGCGCUGUUCAGAUUGUGCUAAAAAAAGCCGGAUGGAAUAAAGAUGAAGUGGAUCUUUAUGAACUGAAUGAAGCCUUUGCCGCUGUGUCUUUGUCUGUCAACAAGGAAUUGAAUAUUGACGAGUCAAAAAUAAACAUUAACGGUGGUGCAAUCGCACUUGGUCAUCCAAUAGGUGCAUCUGGUUGUCGUGUACUAGUCACCUUAAUCUAUGCACUGAAAAGAACUGGCGGUCGCAAAGGUGUCGCCUCAUUAUGUGUUGGCGGCGGAAUGGGAAUAGCAAUUGCCAUUGAACUGUUAUGAAAAUGUUCAAUGGUUUCGAAGAAAUUGUAUUUUUUUUUUAUGAACAAACUUGACGUUGUGCUUGGCAAAAAUAAUCAAAAUGGCUUUACAUGUGACAAUAAAACUUUCACACAUUUGUUAAAUUUUAUAUUUGUUUCCGAAGAAAA